UUGCGCUCGCCCAUCAUGGCGCCGGCGGGCGCACAUCCGGGUACACCUGGGCGGAACCAGGCUGGCGUUAAACCCCGCCCCCGCACGCAUCCUCCGCCGCUGAUUGGGCGGCGGCGGUGCCGCUCUGCGCUCCCCCGCCCCCUGGCGGCAGUGGCAGUGGCGGCGGCGGCGGCGGAGCGCGGCGGCCGCGGGAGCGGGGCCGCUAUGAGCGAGCUGCGGCAGCGGCUCGGCCGGGAGCCCGGCGGGGCGCGGGAGGCCGAGGAGAAGGAGUCGGAGUCAGAGAACAAGCUGGAUGGAGAGACGGCGUCAGACAGUGAAAGCAAAUCCGAAUUCGGAGGAUCGCCCGCAGUGCCGACAUCAGAUGACACCCCAGAGGUCCUGAACAGAGCUCUCUCCAACCUGUCCUCAAGAUGGAAGAACUGGUGGGUAAGAGGCAUCCUCACGCUGGCAAUGAUUACCUUCUUCUUCAUCAUCAUCUACUUGGGACCCAUGGUCUUAAUGACAAUAGUGAUGUGUGUCCAGAUCAAAUGUUUCCACGAGAUUAUCACUAUUGGCUAUAACGUGUACCACUCGUAUGACCUACCCUGGUUCAGGACGCUCAGCUGGUACUUCCUGCUCUGCGUAAACUACUUUUUCUACGGUGAGACUGUGACAGAUUAUUUCUUCACCCUGGUUCAGAGAGAGGAGCCCCUGCGAAUUCUCAGCAAAUACCACCGCUUCAUUUCUUUUGCCCUAUACUUGACAGGUUUCUGCAUGUUUGUCUUGAGUCUGGUGAAGAAACACUAUCGCCUCCAGUUCUACAUGUUUGGAUGGACCCACGUGACGUUGCUCAUUGUUGUUACCCAGUCGCACCUCAUUAUUCACAACCUGUUUGAAGGAAUGAUAUGGUUCAUCGUCCCAAUUUCCUGUGUGAUCUGCAAUGACAUCAUGGCGUACAUGUUCGGGUUCUUCUUUGGCCGCACGCCACUCAUCAAGCUCUCCCCAAAGAAGACCUGGGAGGGUUUUAUUGGAGGAUUUUUUGCCACCGUUUUGUUUGGAUUGCUGCUGUCCUACGUGAUGUCUGGGUACCGGUGCUUCACCUGUCCGGUGGAGUUCAACAAUGACACCAACAGCUUCACAGUGGACUGUGAGCCGUCCGAGCUGUUCCAGCUGCAGGAAUACAACAUCCCCUUGGUGCUGCAGUCUGUGGUGGGCUGGAAGACAGUCCGGAUGUACCCCUUCCAAAUCCACAGCAUCGCACUGUCUACUUUUGCCUCCCUCAUCGGGCCGUUCGGAGGCUUCUUUGCUAGUGGAUUUAAGAGAGCCUUCAAAAUCAAGGACUUUGCCAACACAAUCCCAGGGCAUGGAGGUAUCAUGGACCGCUUUGACUGUCAGUACCUGAUGGCUACCUUUGUUAACGUGUACAUCGCGAGCUUUAUCAGAGGUCCUAACCCAAGCAAACUGAUCCAGCAGUUCUUAACCUUGCGGCCGGACCAACAGCUCCACAUUUUCAACACACUAAAAGCACACCUUGUUGACAAGGGUAUGUUAGGUAGUUUGGAGGAUGCAUAGACAGACGGGCAAUUGGAACAGGACUGAAAACAGACAAGCCUCCUCGAGGAAAUUCCUGGCUUGCCUGCUUUAAGACAAUAACAAGGCCUCAUUUCACUGUAACUUUUCUUCCUUUCUUGGUAAAUGUUUGCAUUUGUGGGUUUUUUUUAAUAAUAUAUAGCUUUGGUUCAAAUGAGCAAAUCUUGGGUUUGUAGCUGAAAAGGAGUUAAGGCUCGGAAGGACAGUUGGGUGAAGUAGGAGGGUACAGGUGUCCUCGUGGUCUGUUCUUAACCUUUGAUGCAUGUGGGCAGAGCUGAACCUUUCCUGGGAGCGUGUUGCUGCAGGGAACACACCGAGCGUUGUCUGUGCAGCCACCUCUGCGCGUGGAAGCCAGCAGGGAAGGUGAAGCCCUGCGGCUCCCCUGGCCGCUGUGCCAGGCUGCGUUCAGGGUGGCGGCUCUGGGGACCAUCAUUUUUCCCGGUGGGAACUGUGAAUGCAAUGUUAAUUUUCCCAGAAAGCCCCGUUUAUGCCUGUGUGUGGUCUCCUUGCAGACUGUGUGAGGAGCACAAGGCUCCGUAAAUUGGAAGAGGAUCUUGUACCAGUCCAGCCACAUUUCCUCUGCCCAGCCAGGCACAUGCAUCUAUUUUCACUUGCUGUUUUUUUGCAGUGCCUCUCACAUUCCCAUUCCCCCCUUAUGGCUGAGAUUUUUGCUAAUAAGAUUUUUAUACCAAUUAUACCAGAAAUAGACUGGGGACAAGGAGUCAAGAAACUGGCAGUUGCUUGUGGGAAUGUGGGAGGUUCAGAUUGCUGCAAAACUGAAUCAAGCAAAUAGGUUUUAAGGAACAUCGGAGUUUCAUUGAGUAAUUCCUGCCAAGUAAGAACAACCCUUUAAAUAAGCUGGUUCAUUUUCCCCCCCAUCAAAUAACCUUUAAGAAACACUGAACCACACUUUUUCAUUUCUAGAUGGUUGGAAACCCCACACUGGGAUAAUUUAAUCAAUUUGGGGAGCAGUUUCCUACCUGUUUGUGGGGGGGGGGGGGGGGCGGUUUCUGAAGUUUGCUGGCUGGUGCUGUCAGCUGGGUAUUUCAUUUUUCUUUCAGGGAUCAUGUCUAUCACCUGUUUGUUACUUGAGUUCUAGAUGUCAUGCUGCUGAAUUUAUCGUGGUCUGUGUUGCAUUUCAGUCUGGAUUCAUUGACCUGCAGGCUUCUGUCCUGCUUCGCUUACUAAAUCUUGUCAAAAAUAGUUUGUACUUAAUAGUUGCAAGUUUUAUUGAAGUACUUUCCUUUAUUUUGUCAUACUUUUUUAUUAUUUAAAAAUGAGACCCCUAAAGAUUGUAAAACUUUUUUUAGUGAUCAGAUAGUGAAAAUAUCCCCAGUUUACACCUUAUGCAAUGUUCCCAAACACAAGGUGACUCUCAUUUUACUUAUUUCUAUAGUUUGUGCAUGGGAGAGAGAAACUUUACCUUAUUUUAACCUGGGGAACGAGUGACAGGGAAAGAUAACACAGAAGUACAUUGCUGUUCUCGAACAGCUGCUGACCGAAACCACCCUUGCUAUACAGACACAUGUACAUGCUGCAAGCUAGCUAAGCAUCGACAGAAAAUAAACCACCUGAAAAUAGCUGUAGUUCAUAUUCUGAUUCUGCCAUUGCUUUAAUUUACCCUGAGUAAGUGAGAAAGCGCGCGCGCGCGUAUUACAUUAACAGCUACCAACUUCUCUCUUACCUUUCUGUAGGACUCGGUGUGGUAAGCUCUGCUUCUGGUAAGCUCUGCUUCAUCUUCUUAAACAGGAACCGCAGGGCAGAAGCUUGUGCCCAUUGUACUGCAAAAAGAGGUGUUUGAUCGAAAGCACAGAUUGCAGAGGAGAAGGGUCUGUUCCCACAAGUAUUUCAGCAUGGUGUGGGCAAAGUUGCUGGCUUCUGGCAGGAGUCAGGGCUGCUCCAAUGGAGCCAGUUCAGCAUGGCCUGUGGUUAGUGCCAGUGGUGUGUAUAGUGGCUUUCCUGGACUAGUCGCAGAGGCUGUGCCCUUCCAGCUUGAAUUAGGCAGGGAUUUAUUGUCUGGCAACCUAGAGGAUACUGGUCCAAGCCCUUAAUUUGAAAACUGGAGGGGAAACUUAAGGUGCUUCCAUCUUGCUUUGCCCAGGGAGAAAUAUUUGGUCUGCUUUCCAUGACAGUUUGGCUGAGUUUAGCUAAGCAAAGUGAGGGCACCUGCAAGGAGUAUCUGGGCUGGGAAUAGGUGUGGAAGUGACAGGGUUUUGUGUAGUCCCUGAAAAGUAGUUUGCCCUGUGGGGUCAGACAGGCUGGUGCUUUUCUGGAUUCUCCCUGCCCGUUGCCAGCAUUUGCCAAAAUCCCUUGUAGUGCACUGUCGGGUCGUGUCAGUCAGCAGAAGAAGCUCUAGUGUUGAUGAGAAUUUUUUCAUAUGGGUCUUUAGCCUCCCCCUUAUCUUGCUUUAAACCUUUUGUACCUCUUUAGUUGUAAUUAGCGGGGCAAAAACUGAACAUGAAGCCUUUUCUGCGUGCUUUUGAAGUAGCACUUGGGCUUUUUGGGGGGUGCAGUGCUGGAUGCGGACACUGGAGGGCAAAGCAAGUGCAUUUAGUGGCUUCCCAGGGCUGGGAGAGGAGCAGCAGCAGCAACAGCAACAGUGCGUGUGGGCGGCUUUCCCGAGGGCUUGCAGCUUUAUCCUUGCUUCCUUCCCAGCGGUGCGGUAAAAGGGUGGGCUUCCAAGCCUGUUUUGAUCCUCAAGGGUAAAGCUACAUGGAAAGGGUUUAGCAUCCUGCGCUGAAGUUCAGUAAACUGAACGGGAGCAGUGCAUCCAUUUGUGAAAUGGAGGAGGGAGAUGGGGGUGGUUACGAUUAUUUGCAAGCCGGACGGCUGAACUUGGUGAGAAAUGCUGGUGAGCACUGGAUCACAGCCUCCGUCAGGCUGAGAGCUGUGGCUGGCAAAACCACUUCUGCACCUCUGGUAUGAAUAUAUGUGAUAGCACUCCUCGGCUCUCAGUGGCAGCAUGCUGUCGGGGGAGCGUUUGAUGGGUUUUCCUCAUGGGCCCAGCCUGCGAGUGGCUUUUACUUGCUGUAGAUAUUUCAAGUUAGAGGAAACGAAAAGCUGAUGAUACCGUCUUUGGCUGUCCCUAAAGGAGUUAACUGUGAUGCCCAGGGAUGUGUAGCAAGACACAUCACACCUCUUUUCAUUGCAUUAAACCUCGCAGGACCUUGGGCAGGCAGCAGCUCUCACAAGGAUUUAGGUUUGGAGUGAGGCAGACGUAGCCCGUGCUGCUGGAGAGGCCAGGCUGCCCUGCCACCAGGGGUGGCUUGCUGAGGCGAUGUGGGGAUGCUCAUGAGAAGUUUCUUCAGCUGCAGGGCUCAGGCUCGGCAUUGCACAAUAGGUUUUGUUCACAGUGGGCUCCACGACCGGAGUUCUUCCUGCUUGUGGCCAGCAAGAGGGAAAUAACUGCGAGAGCAGGCUGGCAGGGGGGGAGGUGCUGCAUCAGCUGGCACGUGGGCUUGGGUCGGAAGGGAGGGAAGAGCAGGGUUUGGCCGCUGUGAAGCUUAGGGGGGUACGACUGCUGCCUGGCAGGGGACAGGCUGCUGUGGGAGCCACCUCGUCACGAGCCGGUGCCGUUUCUCCGGUUGGUGUGGACCGAGCGGGAUGUGAGUGUAUUUGAUAAGCAAAGGGAUGGCACGUGGCUAGAAAGCUGCUGGCUGUCCUGGUGAGGGGACUGACCAUUUGUGACGUUUGUUUGCUGGUGGGUGAUUUAGCGAUGUGGGGUCAGCCGCUGGUUUGACCCACGGUCUGAGCAGCACGGCUGGGCUCGCUCGGCAUAGAUGUGCAUGAUCUGAUAGGAAUUUGCUUCUCCAAGUCUGGUUGUAGCCCAAAUCAGUUUGCAGAUCACGUGCAUGGCCAGACUGGCCUGCAGCGCUCAGCAAAACAUUAAACCCUAGUUUCUGCAUACGGUGUCAUGCCCUGUGCUGGUCAGCAUGUAUGAUUUAGGUGUUCUUUGGGGUGGGGGCUCAGAAGUCUGCAGAUUCUGAUCUGAAGGGGCAGCUGUUGCCUGGGGUUUAUGGUACCUGUGCGGCUCGUGAAGCUGGAAAUCCUGUAGCGUCAGCUAAUGCUUGGCACCAGGUUGUGAGGUGCUGGUACCUUAUAUCCCAGGGUAUGUCUCCUGCUUCUGACGUGUGCAGCGAGUUCCCCCAAGCGUCGUUGCCGUGGGAUCCUGGCGUCUCUUCCUUCCCUGCCUCCUCUAACCGGCUCUGUAUGAUAGGAGGGCAAAGCUGAGUGGGAAGCACCUGUAUGGCCCAUCCGGACCCUCCUGGGGCAGGUGUUUGUCGCAGAAAGCAUCAUGUGAGAGCUCCUGUGGUUCCUGCCCUCUGUAGCCAGCCCAGGAGUUGCAUUUUGUACUGCUGUAAUCUUUGUGUGCUCCUGUUCUCCAGACCUGAUGUGUUUCUACCAUCUGCUUUUUUCUCUGUGCAUUGUUAUUUUGAUUAAUGUUUUAGCUACACAUGUAGAGUUGCCUUUCUUUGACCGAAUGUCCGAAUGUGAUAUAUUGUAUAUUUUAAAGUAUUUACCCUAUUUAUAUACUAUAUGUUACUGUUAAAUAAAUAUAAGUUCCAUUA